AGCAUCCUACUGUCCUUCGCUGGCCGUAAGGCGGGGCGCGCGUGGCCGCGCGCCAUGGUGACCGUCAUCCUCUGGUCGGCCUUCGGCGUCACGCUCGCCGUCGGCUCCCUGCUCAUGUGCUUCUCCAUGCCGGCCACUGUGGGGCUCGGUGUGGCCUUGGUGGUCUUCUCCAUCGGCACCGGGCUGUACGCGUGCUGGGUGACCCGUCGCGUCGGGUUCACGGCGCGGGUGUUCGAGAAGGCGGUGCAGCCCGUGGACAAGUUCCGGGGGCUCAACGGCCCGGCGUACCUCAUGGUGGCCGCCGGGUUCGUGUGGAUCUCCGUGUGGUGCGUGGCGGUCAUCGGCGCCGUCAACUUCCGGUUCCCUGGCCUCACCAUCCUGGCGCUGGUGGUGAGCCUGGCGUGGACCGCCGAGGUGAUGCGCAACGUGGCGAACCUGACGGCCAGCCGGGUGAUCGCGCUCUACUACCUCCGCGGCAUGCAGUCCAGCGUGCAGUUCAGCUUCCAGCGCGCGCUGUCGUACAACCUCGGCAGCGCCUGCCUCGGCUCGCUCUUCGUGCCCACCAUCGAGGCGCUCCGCAUCCUCGCCCGCGGGCUCAACCUGCUGGAGGGCGAGGACGAGUUCAUGUUCUCCUGCGCGCACUGCUGCCUCAACGUCAUGAACGCCGUCUUCGAGUUCGGCAACAGCUGGGCAUUCGUCCAUAUCGCGGCAUACGGGAGGGGGUUCGUGCAGGCGUCUCGGAGCACGUGGAGGCAGUUCGAGGGGCAGCCGGGGAUGCCGGCGCUGGCGGACGCGGACAUCACGAGCUCGGUGUGCUUCCUGACGGGGGUGACGAGCGGCGCCCUGUGCGUGGCGCUGGCGGGGUCAUGGACGUUCGUGACGCACAGGCACUACACGGCCACGGUGUCGCUCAUGGCGUUCUACGUGGGGUACCUGAUGACCCGGAUCGGCAUGGCGCUGCCGCAGGCGUGCGUGGGCUGCUACUACGUGUGCUACGCCGAGAACCCCCGCUCCCGGCUCUUCGAGGACAGCCCCAUAGGGGAGCGGCUGAACAAGAUGAAGGAGGACGGGGAGGACGCGGUCGGGGUCGCGCCCACCCCGCGGUUCCCGCACCAGCACGUCAGCGCCGCCUGACCCCGGCCGACG